GGGAAGCUGCAAUGCGAUAGGACUGUUGAGGAAAUUAUUAAAAUGUUUUCCAAUACCAAAACAAGAGUACGGGACAAAUUCAAAAGCUCCCAGAAAACAGGAGGUGGGCCUGCCAAGCCUUUAAAAGCCUCUGAAGAAUUAAUUCUUCAAUUUUUAAUAGACAGGCCCCAAUUAGAUGGGAUUAUUGGAGGUCUCGAUACUUCAGGGGAAUCAUCAUCAGUGGUGCCAUCAUUGAAGACAUAUGAAGACACUGAAAAUGUCAUUCCAGUGGGUGAAUAUUCAGUCGAGAUGAAAAGUUCCAUUUCGAAUCAAGCUGUAAGGACUGUAUCAGAUCCCCCGACAUCGACAUCUUCUGUUGUCCAGUCAAAAGUGUCUGCUGAUGUGAGCUCUAAAAUGAAGGAAAGGAACAAAAUAUCAAAGAGAGCAAGGAAAGCUGUGGAGGAAGACCUGUACAGUCUGGAAAAAAAAAGUCUGUUGCUGGAAAUUGUUCUGCUAGAGCAAAAAAUAGCUCAUGACAAAGAAUUGCAAGAGUUGUGAAAAGAUAUGAUUUCAAAAGAUCACUUGAUACAUUUUGAACUUUAAUGAAUAUAUAGAUGAAAC